UGAGCGGCACUGUCAGUUCAUCGCGGUUCGGUGCGCGGGUGGAAAAGAAGUUACUCACCGUCAAAAUGAAAGGUGUUAUCGCAUUUGUGCUUGGCUUAUCCGUUGCAAGCUGCGCUGUCUUGAAGUUUGAUGAAUACAAGCAACAGUGGCAGGCUUGGAAAACUUUCCACGGCAAGCAGUACGAAACAGACACCGAAGAAGAGGCUCGUUAUGCAAUUUGGAGAGAUAACUUGAGGAAAAUUCAACAACACAACUCCGAAGGACACUCGUACACCCUGGCUAUGAACCAGUUCGGUGAUCUGACAGUCGAUGAAUAUCGCUUCUUCUUCCUGGGACUUCGUGCUCACUUCUCCAACGAAACAGAACGAGAAGGGUCUCACUUCCUUCCUCCCAGUGGAGUAACUCUACCUGAUACUGUUGACUGGAGAACCAAGGGAUACGUAACUCCUGUAAAGAAUCAGGGCCAGUGUGGUUCUUGCUGGGCGUUCAGUGCUACCGGAUCACUGGAAGGACAGCACUUCAAGAAAACAGGAAAACUCGUUUCACUUAGUGAACAGAAUCUGGUCGACUGCUCCAGGAAAUAUGGAAAUUUUGGCUGUGAGGGUGGACUCAUGGAUUAUGCAUUUAAGUACAUCAAAGCCAAUAAAGGUCUUGACACCGAGGUCAGCUACCCAUACAAAGCUAGAGACGGGAGUUGCCAUUUCAAAAGCGCUGAUGUUGGUGCUACUGACACUGGUUUCAUGGAUAUCCAAAGUGGAAGCGAAUCUGCCCUUAAGUCUGCUGUAGCCACUGUCGGCCCAAUAUCUGUUGCCAUUGAUGCUUCCCACGAGUCAUUCCAAUUUUAUCACAAAGGAGUCUACAAUGAACCUGCCUGCAGUAGCACUCAACUGGAUCAUGGUGUCCUUGCUGUUGGGUAUGGAACCUACCAAGGCAAAGACUACUGGCUGGUCAAGAACUCCUGGGGGACUAGCUGGGGAAUGCAGGGUUACGUUAUGAUGACCAGAAACAAAAACAACCAGUGCGGAAUUGCCACAGAUGCUAGCUAUCCACUAGUCUAAGACACCUUAUUGUGCAAUAGGGCUAAAUUCCUUUGCUCACCAGAUUGAUACAAUGUGUUUUAUUCAUUAAGUAGACUGUAUAGUAAAAGAGUCAUUUAUAUUUGUAGGAUAGGAUGAAAAUAACGGACAUAGAGAAGGGAAGGAGCGAGUUCUCUCCACUCGUUUCAAUUUUCUUUCUGAAAGUAUUUUUAUUAGGAAGCGCUCUGAUUUACUACUCGGAAUCUUUGAGGUUUUGUUUUACUUUUGCAUUGUUAUUUUCAAGAUGGGAUCAAUCCCUCUUUUUACUUUCUUUAUUUCUUUUGAUAGGACAUUCAAUUAGGAUUCUUUAGAUUCUUACGACUCCUGUUUAAUCUUACACAGUCUGUAUUUUCGUAGCUUAUUUUUCCUCAUCUUCUUCUGUCGCUUUUGAUGUUUUUGCUGGUUUAUUGUAUUUAAGCUGGUGAAAUAAAGGGAUAGAUUUUAUUGUA